AGGCGGCGGCAAGGGGCGGGACGCGGCUCCGCCCCCCGCGCGCUCACGUGACCGGGGCGGCGGGGCCCCUGCCGGACACCGUAGCGGCGCCGCGCCCGGCCGGGCCCUGCUGCGCCUCGCCAUGGGCUGCUGCUACAGCAGCGAGGCCGAGGCCUCCGACCAGGAAGAAGAGACAAAGCGGCUGCUGGAGCCGGCGACCAGCCCUCCCAACAAGGUGCUGAAUGGAGCGGAGCAGAGCUACCACAACCUCCCGUCGGCACGCACCGAUGAGCAGGCCAUGCUGUCCUCCAUCCUCGCCAAAACGGCCAUCAACAUCAUUGACGUGUCGGCGGCGGAUUCCCAGGGCAUGGAGCAGCACGAGUACAUGGACAGAGCCAGGCAGUACAGCACGCGCCUGGCCAUGCUGAGCAACAACCUGACGCACUGGAAGAAGCUCCCGCUGCUGCCGUCUCUGACCAACCAACCGCACCAAGUGCUCGCCAGCGACCCCGUCCCCUUCGCAGACCUGCAGCAGGUGUCCCGGAUAGCUGCCUACGCCUUCAGCGCGCUCUCACAGAUCCGCGUCGACGCCAAAGAAGAACUGGUUGUACAGUUUGGCAUCCCCUGAGCCCGCCCUGCAGCACCGCAGCUUCACCAGUUUUGGGUUUUCUUGGUUUGGUUUUGGUUUUUUUCUUCCCUUUUUUGUCUUCAUUUUCCCUUCCCUCCCUCCCCGCGGCGCCGCGACAGAACUUGUACAGACACCCGGUUUCCUACUAAUCGCCAAGAUGCCCGUCGCCGGCGCGUCCACCCCGCCGCGGUACCCGUCGGCGCUGCCCGGAGGCUUUCUCCGGUGGGUGGGUGGGCCCGGGGAGGGGGCCGCGUUUCGCCAGAUGCCGCCUUGCGCAGGGAUGACCACAAAGGGAAACGCCGGCGUGGGGAGGCCCCGGCGCGGGUCGGCACCGCUGUGCCGGGUCAGGGCAGGCUGGAGCCGGGCUCCCGUGGAUGUGACGCUCUGCACGGGACCUGGGGGCUUCUGACACCCUCCCCACUCAUUUUUACAUGUUCAGACCUUUAUUUCGGGUUUGUUUUUCUUUUUUAAUUAUUAUUUUUGGCCACAGUAGAUAAACCCACGUUCAUCCAG